UUGUGGCUCUUUGCAAGGAUCCUUCUCAGCCGUGAUGCGUUCAGGAGGCCAAACCCAAACUACAGCCCAAACUUUCGGGCUCCUCCCUUCGACUGCUCCUCAACUUCCAGUCUCCCAAAAAAAAAAAAAAAGCCCCAGUGUUAUCCUGAAGUCAUGGAGUAACUUCUGCCUCAUUAAAGGAUCCAAAGAUGAUCAAUACAUAACAGAAGAACACAGAAGAGCUCCAACAGCAGAAAUGUCUCCCAAAGUACCUGGUGGCCAAGGCAAAGGGGAUUAUUCUGCAGUGCAAGUAGCUGUUCGAGUGCGCCCCCUGCUGCCAAAAGAGCUUCUACACUGCCAUGAAAGCUGUAUUACCGUGGACCCUGAACUGUGCCGGGUUACCCUGGGCCAUGACAGACACUUCCUAUGUGACUUCCUGUUUGAAGAAUCCUGCUGUCAGGAGGAGGUUUAUUCUGUGUCUGUCCAGCCACUCAUAGAUGCCUUCUUCCAAGGGUUCAAUGCUACAGUCUUUGCCUAUGGGCAGACAGGUUCAGGCAAGACUUACACCAUUGGAGAAGCAAAUAUUUGUUCCUUCAGAGAUGAGGUGCAGGGUAUCAUACCCAGAGCUGUUGCGGACGUCUUCAAGCUGCUGGAUGAAAAUGACCUCGCAGACUUCUCUGUCCGAGUGUCCUACCUGGAGGUCUACAAAGAGGAGUUCAAGGACUUACUGGAGGUCGAAACAGCCAGCAAGGACAUCCACAUCCGGGAGGAUAAAGGCAACAUUGUUUUGAGUGGCAUAAAAGAGUGCGAAGUCGAGGGUCUGGAUGAGUUGUUGAGUUUACUAGAGUCUGGAAACACAGCCAGGCACACCGGUGCAACCCAGAUGAAUCCAAACUCCAGCCGGUCACACACCAUUUUCACCUUGUACAUGGACCAACGUCGGGGAAUUUCACGCCUUUACGGGACUGCUACAACUUCUGGACCACAAAUGUUGUCUUCCAAGUUCCACUUUGUUGACCUGGCGGGGUCAGAGCGCAUCUUAAGGACUGGGAACACUGGAGAGAGACUAAAAGAGAGUAUCCAGAUUAACAGUGGCCUUUUGGCCCUGGGAAAUGUUAUUGGGGCGCUGGGUGACCCCAAGAGGAAGGGCUCUCACAUACCAUACAGGGAUUCUAAAAUCACAAGGAUCCUAAAAGACUCUUUGGGAGGAAAUUCAAAAACACUGAUGAUUGCCUGCAUCAGCCCAUCUUCCGCAGACUUCGAUGAGAGUCUGAACACACUAAACUAUGCCACAAGGGCCCGAAACAUUCAGAACCGGGCUACCGUCAACUGCAAGCGCGAGCCAGAUCGUGUGGAAGGGCUGGAGCAACAAAUCAAGGCCCUACGUCGAGCCCUCGAAAACCGCCAUCGUUCAGAGACCCGCAUCAUUGCUCACGCUGAUCCACACAGGAGGCCUCGUCUUGGCGAGGGAGAGAUCAGCAGACUGCAGGCCCAAAGUGCCCACUAUAGGACUUGCAUGGACACAGCUUACAGGUUGCUGCGGGAGCUGCAGAGUGAAGGGGCUCUGACUGCGGAGCAGAGUUUGAGAGUGAAGGAGUGGCUGUGCUCAGUGGAGGAGGAACAGAGCAGACUGACCACUGCCUCAGGACCAGACAGUGGUAUUGAAAACAGCUCCACUGAGGACAGUGUUGCACUGAGGAGGGGGAGGCCCACUGUAAGAAACCAGGAUCAAGAGGCUGCAGAGGAGGGGUGGAGCCAUGAGCAUGACGUUGAGAAAGAUGGAGAGAAUGUAGAUAGCAUUGUUCAGCUUCAAGCCCAGAUUGAGCGUUUGGAAGGAGAGAACACAGACUUUUUAGCAGCUCUGGAGGACGCAAUGGAACAAUACAAGCAGCAGAGUGAUAAGCUGCAGGAGCAACAGGACCUGAUAGCAGAGCUGCAGUGUCAACUUACUACUCCAGGGCUGAGGAGCCUGGGUCUUAACUUGAGGUCACGGCCACACACGGCCCCUAUGGGCUCCAUGCAGCAAAGUCAGAAUGGAUGCACAUACAGACAGAUGAGUCCAGUGUGUGGCCUUGGUAAUGGUCCUGGUGGUGAUCAUGAUGGUAACCUCUAUGAGGAGCAGGAGAUCCUUGAAGGAGCAGAAAUGCUGGACACAGAGGAUGAGAGCAGUCACCCCAACCUCAGCCAGAAUUUAACCUGGAAUAAAAGGGACAUGCUGUCAGGAGGACUAACAGCUGGUGGUAAAGGUCCAGUGUCUCAGCUGCCUCGGCCAGGCCAGCACAUGUGUUUAGCCAGAAAAGCAUCCAACUCCAGUUUCGGAGAUACAUCGGUACGGGAAAGUUUGAAGAGUUUUGAAGGCGUUUCAGAGUGGGGUCUGCUUCAGGCGCAGCAGAAGAUCAGGGAGCUGUCUGUGACCAUUCGCAUGAAGGAAGAACUCAUCAAGGAGCUAGUCAAAACAGGUAAGGAUGCUCAGGCCCUGAACAGGCAGUACAGCCAUAAGAUCACGGCUCUGGAGAGUGAGGCUGUGCAGGCCCGGCAGGAGCUGCAGGAAGCCCAACGACAGCUGCAAGAUCUGGAGAAACAAGAGCGAGAGAUCAGCGCAACAGACAAGACGAGAGCACAGGAAUGUCGCCAGAAAAUAGCUGCUGCUCAGAGCAAAGUUCAGGUUCUAAGUCAACGUCAGAGGGAUACUGCUCGUCUAGCUAACCUGCCAGCACAGAACGAACGUCGCGUGCUAGAGCUGGAGCGCAGCGUCCAGUCGAUGAGGCAGCAGCAGGAGCAGCUGCAGAAGCGACUGCGCCAGGAAAGUCAGCAGAAACGACGUCUGGAGACCGAGAUGCAACGAAGAACUCACAGAGUCAAGGAGCUUGAAAUAAAGAAUGAGCAGCAGCAGAAGAUCCUGAAGAUAAAAACCGAGGAGAUCGCUGCCUUCCAGAGGCAGAGACGCAGUGGCAGUAACGGCUCAGUCAUCUCCUUGGAAGAGCAACAGAAGAUUGAAGAACAAAAACGCUGGCUGGAUGAGGAAAUGGAGCGGGUUCUGGACCAGAGGAGAGGACUAGAAGAUCUGGAAGGGGAACUGACUAAACGAGAGACAAUCCUGGCCAAGAAAGAAGCCCUGCUGCAGGAACGCAGUGGACUGGAGAUCAAGCGGCUCCGCUCCAGUCAGGCCCUUAGUAAGGACCUGGUGACACUUAGCGGGCGAAUUGAGUCGCUUGAGCGAGAGUUGAGCGAGAGGAACGGCCUCCUUCGCAGUAGCAGCGCUCAGGACUCCGAACAGAUCCGCCAAGAGAUCUCCAACCUGCGCCAAGAGAAAGAUUCACUGCUUAAGCAACGAGUUGAGCUGGAUGAUAAGCUGCGGCAGGGUAACCUGCUCUCACCUGAGGAGGAGCGAACGCUUUUCCAGUUGGACGAGGCGAUUGAGGCUCUGGAUGCAGCAAUAGAGUACAAGAAUGAGGCCAUCACUCAAAGACAGAGACAGCUGAGGGCUUCUGCCAGUAUGCUCUCCCAGUGGGAGAUGAACCUCAUGGCCAAACUCAGUUACCUGUCCGCCUCUGAGACCAGAGCCCUGCUGUGCAAGUACUUUGACAAGGUGGUGUCUCUGCGUGAGGAAGAACGCAAGCUGCAACUAGCCCUGGCUGAGCUGGAAAUGCAGCUGGACGAGCAGCAGAAGCUGGUGCAGUGGUUGGAGAACGCCCUCGAUCGCACACAACUCGACACAGAUCGCCGGCUCACGCAGCAGCAGAAGGAACACGAGAGGAGUGUUCAGCUCUUACUGCAGCAGUGUCGAGAGCAAAUAGACGAGGGCUUCGCAGGAAGGCAGCGACAGUAUGAGGGAUGGAUCCAUAACCUCAGCCAGGAGCUUAACCACUAUAAGGCUGCUAAUGUGGAACUAAGCCACAAACUGAGGGAGCUCUGUGGUUCAGGCAGCCAGCCAAAGGAGCACGCUAAAGCAGGCGUCGGCAGCAUGGAGAGGCUGACUCGCUGCUCUGAGGACAGCCCAGGAGUCAGAGGCGUGGGGCAACCCGACAAACCUCCCAGGUCUCGAGAGGAAAUGCGUGAGCUGGUGAAUACCCCACUCCCGUCCACGUGGAGACGCUCUUCUCUCCCAAUGGAGGAACCUGCUGUCAUGGAGGAGCUGUGGCUUCGAGCAGCUGGAGAUGUUCCUAUUAACCGUGUAGUUCAGACUGGAACGGGGUCCUGGGGUGGGCAGACGCCGCUGCCUGUGGUCAAAUCUCGCAGAGAGUCACGUCGGCCCAGCCUCAACAUGGGACCACUGGCCUCAAACAAUGCAUUAAUUGAUGUUCGGAAGAACCCUGUCUGAAAAUCAAUGUUUUGUUUCUUUAAGACCAAUCACACAAUUUUUAGUUUUUAUCCUUUCUUUUUGUUUGUUUUUUUUAUAUUAAAAUCUUUAUACUUGUAUAUAAAGUUUUGUAGUAUAAAAAAAAAUUACAUCCACUGAUUUUUACAUGAAGCACUUUCACUGAGGUCAAUUGUAUGAUUCCAUUUCAUACAGUAACUGGUAGGUUUAUGGUCUUAACAACCAUGAAAGUCAGUAAGAUACAAUUUUAGGUUCUCUUACUCUUUAAUUAUACAUCUUUUGACUUUUACAAUAUUUUAUAUUAAAUUGUUUUUGCCUGCCACACUCAUCUGGCUUGUGUUUCCAUUUGCAAACAAAAAAGCAAACAGAGGAAUUAUUUUUUUAAUCUAUUUCAGUAUUAUAUUUUAGUUAAGUAGGGUCACCAUAGGGAGACAGACAUGGGACGUCAAUCUAACAGUUUUCAAACAAAUUUAAAAAUUUCCAAAUAAAAAACCAAACACGCAGACAUGACACACAUGAGUAUAUCAUUAUUUCUAAUGUCCAUCCAUAGAAGCCCAUAAAAAAAAGUCUGUCCCUAUAACCACUAAAUUCUUCAGUAUCAAAGUCACCCAGUGACAGAUCUCUAUACACCCAUGAGUACGAGAAAAGAAACUGAUAAUAGCUAAUUUGGCAGAAUGAAAUCAUGUUAUUUGCCAAAAAGUAAACAAAUAUUGGCAAUAAAAGUGAGAAAACCAUGACUUCAAAACCUGGUUUAUAAUGUCGGUUAAAAAAAAGGCCAAGUAUCACUGUUACCACUAUUUAGCCUAAUGGUUAAUGUUGACCAAUUGACAGAAGUUAAGGAAAUAUAAACUUUUUAUUUAUACAUACUGUAGGCUUCCUCCAUUGGCUUUACCAAAAUCAAUCCUAAUCUCUUAAUUUCGUGAGUAAUUGAUACACAGUGUAAACAAUUUAUAUCUGUGAGAUGGGUGUGUGGACACAAUCUGAGCUCUAGAGGGGGACACAUCCUCAGUCCUCACAUCUGUCAUUUCAUCGGAGUCUCUUGAGGGACACUUGGAUUCAGUGUUUGAAAAAAACCUUUAAAGAAAGACAGAUUAAUAUAAAUGAUUACUAUUUUUUAAAGAAGCUGAUUCAAAGUAUGUUUACCAAUUAUUUAAGAAAUACAUACAUAAAUACAUUAAAUAUACACCACCCCAGUGGUGUGGGAAGAGCCACUCGGAGGAUCACGAGGCCCUCAAAUCAUUGAAACUGCACAGAAUAGCAGCAUGAAAUAUCCUGGGACAGAGAUGAUGGGGGAACAGUCCAAUGAAUAAUCCAAUGAAACAUGAAUCCUUGCGAGGUUCUUGCAACCUGAGCUCAACACAAAACAUAAAAUUCCAAACUACUUCAAUUUGUCCAGAAAGCAAACAACAACUCACCAUGUACUUGGCAGUUGAAUAACGGGGGAACUUUUAAUCAUUCAGUGUUGCUGCAGAGCACAGUCCUAAUGCGAGGGUGUUCAUCUUUGUUCCCUAUACCAGUCAGGAUGUGUGAUCACACACACAGCUGGAAUCUGUGAUGUGCUGUGACAUUAAGCGACGCAACAAUGAAAGAGAACAUCAUGUAAAAGCAGGGAAGUAUUUAAUGAUGUAUGGCAAUUUAUGUUGUCCAACAUGUUUGCUAUAGGUCUUAUGAAUAAAACUCCAUUUUUGUCUG